UUCUGUUGACUUCAAACGGAAAUGACUUUAGACAGUGGAAAUUCCCACUUGCGUAAAGCUUUGGCAAAGUCUACGAGAAGACUGUUCGCGUGAAUGUCACUUGUGUAAAUAUAUGGAAUGAUAUAAAAUGCAAUGGCAUUGAAUUAGUGCAAAAACAGAUUUAUUUUUGAUAAAUAUUAUAGAUGAAAUAUUUGGUAAAACACGAAAGUGCUGUGGUCAAUUGUACACGCGCCUCUUUCCUGUUUGUAACGACAAAACAUCGAGAACGCAAAUGGAGUUUCCCUUAAGUUUCAUUUGAUCAACAAUGAUACAACUGACGAUCAGUCCUAAAUGUGGACAGCCUGACUAAACAUGCGGGUGAUUUCUAAACGAGAAACAUGUUAUAACCCGACAGAACUAUAUCACGAUUGAUUCUGGUGAAGCUGAAUGUGAUAUUGUCGCUUUUGAUCGUUUAUAAGUGCUAAGUUUAAAUAAGUUUAAAGAGCGUAACAACGCUAGUUUGUGUCGGUUAAAUCGUCAUCGUUCUAUAAUGUGGAUAUCUCUGAUUUCAAAUGUGUUUAUUGUGACUUCAUUGGGGAAUAUGUUCUUUUCUCUUCUCCAGAAUCGAUAGUUUGUUUAUUUAAUAUCAAUAGAACAUUCUGUAACCUGGUCAUCUUGGUUUGACCUUACACACAUUUGCUAUGUAAGUUUUAUCAUGGCUCUCUCAGCCCUCCCAUUUGAAGAAUUUACAUCCCAAUGGACGGACGUCUGGACAGAGGGGCAGGAAGUUAAGGAUGAGUUUACCUGCUCAUGUGUUUUGAGGGGGGCACUGGUGGCCCUGCAGCCCACUGUUGAGCGGGUGUUUGGGGUGUCACUGAAUAUCGGAGGAGAGGAUACGGUCUCGUCACAGGACGGACAGAUCUGGCUGCGUUUGCGCGGGAACGCCAGGAAUGUGGAGGCAGCAAAGCUUUUUGUGAAAGGUGUCGUCAAUCAGGAAGCUCAACAAGAGAUCCAGUUCCCAGAGGUCCUUCACUGUGUGUUCUGUGGUGCUAAAGGGCUGUUCAUGGAUUGCCUGAUUAAAAAUACCUCAGCACAUAUUUUGGUAGGAUCUCAAGGUUGUCUCCUCAUCACCGGACUUGCAGAACCUGUGAUGAAAGCAUACUCUUACAUUACAGACCUGGCAGAGAAGUACAGUAUGAGCCAGGGACGACGUCCUGACUGUGGGCUUGGGACAGCAGGUGAGUCCCUGGAUUCACGCCGGGCCUUCAAGUCCAUGGUUGAGAACCUGGAGGACCGUCACAUCCUAGACCUGCUAGUGUUACCUGUGAUAGUAAAAGAAGCUCUGUUGGAUUUGGUGAAGCAGUCUGGAUUGGAUAGGGGUAGGGGCCUGGAUGCCGAAAGGAGCCAGGAAACACUUAAACAAUUAGAAAGUAAUGAAUCUUGGGCAAUGCAGAGGACUAUAAAUGAAAUGAUGUUCAGAGAGCCUGAAGAACUUGGACAAAAUAAAAACAGAGAGAGUGCAGUCAUCCAAGACAGACCAAAUAUGAUGUCUAUGAAGUCACAUUCCAAGUACUCUGGUGCCUUUCCACAAUAUGGAUAUCAAAGAUUUAAUGGCACAGAUGAUAUUGCAAGGAGGAUGACUGACUUCAGUGAAUCACAAAAUCAAUUAUCCCACAGUUUCCUCCCUGUCCCAACACAUAGAACUCACCCAGAGAACCUAGAGGUACCACAACGUGGUUCGCCACAAGAAGUGGAAUCUGAAAUGCCUCCACAAGAAACUGUCCUAUUAUCUGCAGGGAGUAGAGAGGAAUUUGAGCACCUUCUCAAGUUCUUCACUGCGAUGGGCUUCAACGAGGAGGUGGUAAACAAGGUCUUGGCCCGUACUGGCCCCAAAGAAGCCUCCCAGAUUCUGGAUUUGAUCCAGCAAGAGCAGGAUAAAUCAGACCAGCAAAGAGACCACUGUAACACAAAGGCACAGAAUAAAGACAAUGUGGCUAGGAUAAGAGCCAUGAUCAGUGAAGGACUAAAGGAGGCUGCUGAAAUUUUAGAGACCAGUAAAGAUGAACCAGAGUCCAAAGAGGACGACUUUGUCUUGGGUGUGUUGAAGAAGGCCGCAGCCACCUGUGGGUAUACAGAGGAAAGAGUAGAGGAAGUGUACAGCAAUUUACCAGAGCUGAACCCACAUGAGCUGCUACUGGAAUUGCAGAGGCAGGGAGUCAAAGAGUCCAACAGAAGGAAAGACAGCAAUACAGGAGCGGAGCAGACGAUUGGGAGGAAUUCAGAGGCAGACGUGAAAUAUCUCGAAACAGGGGGCGAAAAGACCGGAACAGAGGCAAGAACAACAGGGAUUGUCCGACAACCAGACACAACUAAAUUGAACAGCACUGCGCUAGAGUCACCCACAAUAUCCCAAAACCAGCCACCACUUCAUAGCAACCCCCCUCUGUCAGUGAGAGGUCCACCACAGACAACCUACCCCUCAAAACCGACACUUGAAAACUUGGACUUACCUGACAUAAACCCAAAUGUACAACUCAUGAAUCCACACAUCCAUUCUGGAAGUUUACAUCCACAGAGUGUCCCUCAGAACAAUCAUCUAAGUUUCCCAAAAGUACCAAACAUCUCCAACCUUCAGCAGCAUGUCAGCCUGCCCAAGCAGAGGCAGGGCAAAUCAGCCACAGCGUCUGUGGUCACUGGACCUCAAAGGUUUCUUGAGGGCCUCAAGAUGCCCUUCAAACUAGAGUUGUCGGAUGAUCCUGGUAACUCCAUGCUGCGUCAGAUCAUCAUUGAUGGGAGCAAUGUUGCAAUGAGCCACGGUUUGGGGGUGUUUUUCUCCUGUCGAGGCAUCGCUCUGGCUGUACAGCACUUCUGGGGGAAGGGUCAUCGCAAAAUCACUGUGUUUGUCCCUCAGUGGAGACAAAAGAAACAUCAUAACAUUAAAGAGAAGCAGUAUCUGACUGAACUGCAGGAUCUGGGUUUGCUCUCAUUUACUCCGUCCAGAGAGGUGGAGGGUAAGAGAAUCAACUCUUAUGAUGACAGAUUCAUGCUCGCAUUGGCUCAGAACACAAAUGGAGUGAUUGUGACGAAUGACAAUCUGAGAGAUCUAGUGGACGAGUCGCCUGCAUGGAGAAACAUCAUAAAGAAAAGUUUGCUACAGUACGUGUUUGCCGGAGAUCUUUUCAUGUUACCUGACGACCCGAUGGGCCGCGGUGGACCACACCUGAAUGACUUUUUACAAUCACAAAACAGCAAUUCACCUGUUCCAGGAAGUCACUCAUUUGCGGGCAUGUCUUCGUCCAUUCCUUCUGCGUCUCCAGCCCCUCGCGCCUACACUGAAGUCCUGCAGUACCGAGACUGGACACCACAGGGUCAACGUCGCAAGGAGGUGAUGGAGAGGACAGUCGAUGAGACACUGAAGUUGAAAGAGAGUUUGAUGCAGAUCUUUCCAGACCAGGAAAGUGUCAUUAUCAUGAUUCUACAGUGUCACCCAACAAUCCGAAGCAUGAACGAGCUCACAGACUUCAUAUUGGAACAACAGGAAUAAACAGAGACGAGAAGAGACAUUUUACAGUGCAUAGAGUCUGUGUUUAAAUGAAAAAUACUUUUAAUUCCCAUGUAGCUAUAUAUUCUUAUGUGUUUUACAUUUUAAACUUAAUUUAUAUAUUGAUUGAGUCACUAAUGUGCUUAAACUGAUGGUGAUGAAUCUAAUUUGUAUUACUUUUAUUGUGCUUUUCAAUGUGCAAGAAAUGUAUAACUCAAUCGUUUUAUUGAUUGCAGUUUAUUUUUUUACAUGGUCAUUCUUGGAGGAUAAUAAAAAUGGCUUAAAAGUGUAAGAUGCCAAAUGAAGCAAAACUUUACAGUGGACCUCCUUAUAAAGCUCCUGCAAUAUAUAGAUGCAUUGUUUCUGUCUGGGUCAAUAGAGCGCAAUGGUGUCCAUCCACCUUUUCUGCUGUCUUGGUUCCGAAGUCAUUUUUCCCAUUAUGUUUUUUCCAUAGGGAUUUAAUAAAAGCUCAGAGGUGAAUCACAACAUUACAACAGUUUGAGGUAAAGGUGCCAAUCACCUUUCAGAUACAGAUACCGCCUGUCAGCAGUGAUGAAACAUUACUGAUGAAUUGUAGUCUGGUACUGAUUACAAAUGACAUGACUAAAAUGGCAAUAAAGAACUUAU